UUCCUGUUUUGUAUAACGCAAGUAUAACGCGUAUAAGUGAAGUGUUUAGUGUUUUAAAAGACGUUUGAAUUAUAAAUAAGCAUUGUGACAGCGGUCAGAGAGCGUUAUGUUACGCCAACAUCGCGUCACAUUAAAAUAUUAAAAUUAUGAUAACGCUUGUUUUUCCAAGGAAUUUGUCAACAACAAUUUAAAAAAUGUCCAGCAACAGUUCUGAAAAUAGUGAUGACAGCCGUCACGAAAAGUUACGGAAAAGGCAUAAACACAAGCGCGACGAGAGCCCUAACCAAGACAGACGAUUGGGCAGAAAGGAAUUCAGCAGCAAGAAUAAAAAUUAUAGAGAUAACAGAGAAGGUAGGGACGUUCACAAAUUUAACAGAGAAGUAAGAAGAGACAAUAAUGAUAUGCAUCGUGAUAGAUCGCAACGUGAACGGGAUAGAGAAUUUAGGGAUAGGCGACAUGAUCAUCCAAGGAGAGACGAUGAGAGACAAAAUGGUAAGAGAAGGUAUGAGAGAUCGCAUAUGAGAAGAGAAGAACCUCGUUCAAGGUAUAAAGAUUAUGAAGAUAGGGGCAGAAAACACAAGGACUCAAAUGAGUAUAACAAAAGACACAAUGAUGCAAAUAGAGAGAGAAGAAGUAAUUUUGAGGACAUGAAAGCAAAGAUGGAACCUUCACCAGAAUGGGGUAAACCCACAAUAAAAACAGAACCUAAACCAAAUCCUCAAGAUAAAGAAAAACCAAAUUUUGAAUUGUCUGGUAAACUCACUGAAGAUGCAAAUACUGUGAAUGGAGUAGUCAUUAAAUAUUCUGAACCACCGGAUGCAAGGAAACCUAAACGUAGAUGGAGGUUAUAUCCUUUCAAGGGAGAGAAGGCAUUACCUACAUUAUAUGUUCACAGACAAUCAGCGUAUCUAAUGGGCAGAGAUAGAAAAAUUGCAGAUAUUCCUUUGGAUCAUCCUUCAUGUUCAAAACAGCAUGCUGUUUUGCAAUAUCGUUUAGUAUCUUUCCAAAGGGAAGGAGGUGGCGAAGGAAGAAGACUUCGCCCAUAUCUCAUAGAUUUAGAAUCUGCGAAUGGUACAUUUGUAAAUAAUGUAAAGUUAGAACCAAGAAGGUAUCAUGAACUAUUAGAGAGAGAUGUAUUACGUUUUGGAUUUAGCUCUAGGGAAUAUGUCUUAUUACAUGAGCAUAGCAAAGAUGAUUCUUUAGAUGAUGAUGUUCCCCUCAGUGCUGCUACUACAGCUACUACUAAUAUUACUACUACAACUGCUACUGCAUAG